CACUUCAUAUCGUCGUCGCCGCUUACAUACUCCACUCAACGUGACUGUAUGCCCUCUGUGCCCUCCGCCGUCUUCCGCCGAGACGCUGCCGCCAACGUGCAUAGCUUGUAAGGCGCGUUAGGCUGGCAGGGGAUUCGCACGAACGGUUGAGAGUUCUUCGCCGAUGGUGAUAACGUCGGAGCUUAUCUAACACCCGUCUGCAUCAUGUUGUUCUCCACUCGUCAUCCAAUAUAGUACAGUAAGCGGUUUUCUCUUCAAACCACAGGCUCUCGUUAUGUGGGCCACUGUUAUUGCUGUACGUGAAUUUCUCAUAUGUAUAUAUCUAUCUUCGAUUCCCUAGAUCUGGGUUCUUUUCUUGUCUUCUCUGUAUAAGUUUUCCGACUCUCAGUGCAAUUAUCACCAAGCGAGGCAUACCCCUUAACGCCUACCACCAGUCGACUCUCACAUCAUGUCGACCACUUCAGGAGACACCUAUGUUGCCACUAAGGAUUUGAAGGGGGUGAUUCCAGACGUCCAUCUCAACGUUGAGAAGCCAAUUGACCAGGAUGCCUCCAAGAGGACGUCCGUAACGGACGUCGACAUCGACCCAGUCGCCGACGAAAAACAGGAAGCUGUCGAAGCCGCAGCACCAGUACGAGACAUCACAGGCUGGAAAUGGGGACUCGUUGUCGUCGCCAUUUUGAGCUCCAUCUUCCUCUUCGCCCUCGACAACACCGUCGUCGCCGACAUCCAGCCGGCCAUCAUUGCCAACUUUGGGGAUAUCCAGAAGCUCCCCUGGCUCACGGGAGCCUUCCUCAUCGGUUCAGCCUCGACGAAUUUGGUAUGGGGGAAGGUUUAUGGACAAAUGGAAGCGAAAAUCACCUAUCUGAUUUCUCUCGUCAUCUUUGAGGUGGGCUCGGCCCUAUGCGGUGCAGCCCCGACAAUGAACGCUCUCAUCAUCGGUCGUGUCAUUGCCGGUGUUGGUGGAAGUGGCAUGUACGUCGGUGUCAUGACCCUUCUCUCCGUCACCACUUCCCUCCAGGAACGUCCCAUGUACGUCGGUCUUACUGGUCUCCUCUGGGGUAUCGGCACGGUUCUCGGCCCCAUAAUCGGCGGCGCUUUCACCGACUCCUCCGCAGGAUGGAGAUGGGCAUUCUACAUCAACCUAGUCAUCGGCGGUGCCUUCGCGCCAGUAUACCUCUUCAUGCUCCCCAAGUCCGACCCGCGCAAGGGUGUCCCAGUUCUCCGUCGUUUCAAGGAACUUGACUGGGUCGGAACCGUCAUCCUCAUGGGCGCUUUCGUCAGCUUCAUCAUGGCCGUCUCAUUCGGCGGCAUCCUCUACGCCUGGAACAGCGGGCAGAUCAUCGCCUGCUUCGUCGUCGCCUUCUCCCUCUUCGGCAUCUUCGCCGUCCAGCAAGAACUCGCCAUCUUCACAACAGUCGAACAACGCAUUUUCCCCGUCCAGUUCCUCAGAAGCCGAACCAUGCUCCUUCUAUUCGCCGAGACCUCCUCCGCCGCAACCGGCAUCGUUGUCCCGCUCUACAUGAUCCCCCUCUUCUUCCAAUUCACCCAAGGCGACACCGCCCUCCAAGCCGGCGUCCGCAUCCUCCCCUACAUCUUCCUCAUGGUCUUCGGGUGCAUCGUCAACGGCGCCGUCCUCUCCAAAUACGGGUACUACAUGCCCUGGUACCUCGGCGGCGGCAUCCUCUUCGUCAUCGGCUCAGCCCUCAUGUACACCAUUGACUCCUCCUCCACCGCCGCCCAAGUCUACGGUUUUUCUGUCCUCCUUGGCGUCGGCGUCGGCGUCUUCUGCCAGGCCUCUUUCUCCGUCGCUCAGGGCACCGUGAAGCCGUCUGAAAUCCCGAGUGCGGUGGGCUUCAUCACCUGUGCGCAGAUCACAGGUAUCACUAUCUCCAUCGCUAUCGCGAACUCGGUAUUCCUUAACGGCGCGGAGGAGGGGAUCGCGAAGCUCAUGCCCGAUGUACCGCGUGAUCAGAUCCAGUCCGCGAUUGCUGGGGUGGGAAGUAAGUUCGUCCAGUCGCUGCCGCUGGAGAUGAGGCAGAAGGUGUUGGAUGCGAUUAUUGAGGCGAUGAGUAAGGCGUAUGUGCUUUGCAUUACGGCGGGCGCGUUGGCGAUUGUGUUGAGUUUGUUUUUGAAGAGGGAGAGGCUUUUUGUCGCGCCUGGGUUGGCUUAGAGAGGGGGUGAGAUGGCUGUAUUUGGGAUGGGUGGUAGGGUAAUAGAUUGAAUAUACUGCUGGCAGCUUUGGGAGGGUGUGGGGUUUAUGAUUAUCUUGGCUGGAGUUAGGUGUAGGUUUAGAAUAUAUGGGGGGUAAUGGGCGACUUGGUAUAGAUAUUCACUCAAUCAUGGUGGUAGAUUUCAGCAGCUGUUAGGACCAUUCAUAUAAUAGUAGAUGGGAUUUAUUUACAUGAAAUAAAAAUAUAUAAUGAAGCGG